CCUUUAAAAGCCGGCAGUUCGUCCUCCGAUGACCGUCAGUCGUGCCUCAACCAGCAUCGCUAAAAGAAAUCCGGCAGCCGUUCUUCUAACAGUUUUUUUCGUUUGCUUAUCGUUCAAAAUUCGAAAUAGGAUGGCAAUCAAGGCGAUCUGCACGUUGGUCACUUUGUUCUUUAUUUUUGAAAAUUGCCGGGCUUUCCCCAACGGUGGACCCAUUGACGCCUGUGUCAAAGCCCAGCCCAACCGACCGAAUCACGGCGGAACUCAACCGCAGCCUGAAAAUACGAACCCAUUCAUCGUUGAAGCUUCAAGCGAUUACUACCGGCCAGGCGACAAGAUCACAGUGACUAUCCACGGACCCAAGUAUCCGUUCAAGGGAUUCUUCUUCCAAGGACGCGACGCUGCCACCGACGAGUGGAUCGGUACAUUUGAGAAACAUCCCGAAGUGAAAUCUUACCCGGAAUGCUCGGCUGCCACUCACACAGACAACGAUCCCAAGGAGACGGUCACCCUUUUGUGGCACGCACCUCAAGCUUCUGGCCGCGUCUACUUUGUGGGUACCGUGCUCCAGAAUUACAGGACAUACUGGUCGGACGUUGUUGCCCGCGUUCCUCAAUAAUCAUAAAAUUUAAAAAACCUGUUUCGUUUUCUCUCUGUCUCAACUCUCCAGAAAAGAACUCUCACUUUCUCCUCUCAAAUAAUCAGAACGGCAGACAAGGACACACUCGCCCAUUCUUUUUUUUCUUUAGCCUUCCUCUUCAACUUUCUUUCACAAGGCGGACUGAUUGCAAGUCGUUCUCACUCUCCGUGAAACUCAAAAAAAAAAGACUGCAAUAGUUUCGUCAACUCUCCAUUUCUCGGACCAGAAGCAGAGCUUCUAUAUAUAACAUCAUCCCCCUUGGAUGAUUUAACUAUCAGAGACUUAAAAAAAAACAAAAUUUAAGAUCAUUUCCUUGUGGGGCGAUUGUGUUCUUCUGCUAUGACAGGUGAUGCUCAUACAACACAUACGUUUGCACUCCAAAACACUCUUGUUCCAGCCCUUUCUUUUUUCUUUUGUAAUUUCACAGCGCACGAUGUGUAUUUGUAAUAACAAAAUGUUUAUAUAGAAACUCCACGAGAAAAAAAUUAAACAAUCCAAUAUAUGA